CCACCUAAGUUCUAAGAGGCACCGACGGUGUCACACUACGGCUGGGCGGCAGAUCCGCCCGCCGACCGCAGCGUUAAGCGGUAGGGGAAGGGAGCCUGAGUCCCACGGGCGUACUUCACCCCCCAACCGCCCUCCGCUCGCGCCGCUACCUCGGCAAGGUCGGGGCGGCGGGGCCGGCGCCUAUUGGCCCGCCGCGGCCUUCCGCCCGCCCCUCGGCGCUCUUAUUGGCCGGAGCCGCGGCGCCUGCAGGAUAGGCGGCGGCGGCGGCGCUCCUCCCACGCACCGGCCCUCGAGAGGGCAACGAGGAAGCGGCCGCCUCCCUGCGCCCCGCCCCUCGGGUUCACUCUCUGGCUCCUAGGUCUUCCGGCUCCUCCCGGCCCUCUCCAGGUUCUCUCUCCGGCUCCGGCUCCGGCGCGGUGGCGGCGGGCAGUCGCAGUGGUGCAGAAUGGCCGACCUCAGCCUUGCAGAUGCAUUGACAGAACCACCUCCAGAAAUUGAGGGAGAGAUUAAACGGGACUUUAUAGCCACCCUGGAGGCAGAGGCCUAUGAUGAUGUUGUGGGAGAAACUGUUGGAAAAACAGACUACAUUCCUCUCCUGGAUGUUGAUGAGAAAACCGGACAGUCAGAGUCGAAGAAGAAACCAUGCCCAGAUACUAGCCAGAUUGAAGGUACUCCAUCUCCCAAAGCAGCAGUGCUAGCCAAUGGGGACCACGGAAUAGAGGGGAAUGACACCACAGGGUCUCCAACUGAAUUCCUUGAAGGGAAAAUAGCCUACCAGGGAUAUCAGAACAACCAGGACUGGCCAGAGGACACAAACUUUUGCUUUGAACCCGAGCAAGCGGUGAAUCCUCUCCAGACCGACCCCUUUCAGAUGCACCAUGACGACGGCCUGGGAGACCUGCUCUCCUUCCCCGGCGCACCAGCCGGCACUUCAGCCUUUGCGCAGCAACACGGUGCCCUGGAGGGCAGUUACGGUCUGUUUCCCUGUGACACAUUUGCGCCUGCAGGGCUUGUCCCUCAGAUCUGUCCUGUGGGACCCCCAAACUCGCCCCAUGCUGGCGUCGUCCUUUCCCCAGGGGCCCCACCGCCUCUGCAGCCCACGGCAUGGCCAGCCGAGGAGGCAGAAAUGGCAUCAGCAGAAGGCAGGGCACCAAUAGAAGCAUUCGAAAUAAUGAUGGGACUGAAGUCUGGUGACAUGGCACCAUCUAGAGAAACAGAGGUGGCCCUGGCUAAGGACAUGGCCCCAAUCACAGAAACAGAGGUGGCGUUGGCCAAAGACGUGGAACCGCCUACCAAAGAAGAUGUGGCAUUUGCCAAGGACAUGGCACCAUCCGUCAGAUCAGAUGUGUCCGUGGUCAAGGACGUGGCACCCCGCACAGAAACAGAGGGGACCCCAGCCAAGGACGGAACACUAUUCAAAGAAACAGGGAGGGUGCCGCUUGUAGAACUGGACUUCACGCCAGCGGAGGGCAUGGGAUCACUCCCAGGAACGGGGACGACACUGGCUAAGGACGCCGUGUCAUCUGCAGAAAUGUCCUCGGCCAAGGAGUUGGCCUUGUCCUCAGAAACAGAGGUGGCCCCGGUCAAGGACAUGACCCCAUCGCCAAAAACAGAGGUGGCCCCGGUCAAGGACCUGACUCCAUCCCCCAAAACAGAGGUGGCCCCGGUCAAGGACGUGACUCCAUCCCCAGAAACAGAGGUGGCCCCGGUCAAGGAUGUGACUCCAUCCCCAGAAACAGAGGUGGCCCCGGUCAAGGACGUGACUCCAUCCCCAGAAACAGAGGUGGCCCCGGUCAAGGACGUGACUCCAUCCCCAGAAAUAGAGGUGGCCCUGGUCAAGGACAUGACUCCAUCCCCCAAAACAGAGGUGGCCCCGGUCAAGGACAUGCCUCCAUCCCCAGAAACAGAGGUGGCCCCGGUCAAGGACGUGACUCCAUCCCCAGAAACAGAGGUGGCCCCGGUCAAGGACAUGGCUUCACCCCCCAAAACAGAGAUGGCCUUGGCUAAGGAUGUUGCACCACCCUCAGAAACAGAGGUGCCACCAGCUCCAGUUAAGGACACGGAAGUUGUCCGACCACAGGGAGAAAUACGUGAGGUUUCCCAGUUGGAACCUCUCCAGAAUGAAGGGCGUUCGAGUGCACCUGCUUCCACGGUUUCACCAGAACCAGUCACAGCCAGCGGCCAAAAGUUCAGCUUGCCAACAGAUGAGGCGUCUGUCUCGGAGAAACUAGAGCAAAAGAAACCACUCGGUAGUCAGCCUUCUGAGCUUCCUUCGGAGACGUCAGGUACCCUCCCCGCACAAGCCAAACAAGUGUGCAGGCCCGGUGAGCGCAGGGCCGCCCGGCCCCGGCCCGCCAGGGGCCCUCCCGAGCUGCUGGGAGGCUCUUCACGGAAGACUCUCGACCCGGCUCUGGGCCCCUGCUCUGUGCUGGAGUCGGGCUGGGUCUCCGGCUCCUCUUCCUGUGGCGAGCCUGGGAACCCAAGGAGACCUUUUCACGUUGACUUCCUUGAACCCCAGAGGGAUCUGGGCAGGGAGGCCUGGGAUGUAGAAAGCACAGCAAUGAUGAUGAAGAAGAAAAAGAAGAAACCAAAGCAGAAGAGAUACUCUCCAGCCCGGUCCGGGGGGCCUUGGGGCGACGAGAAUGCGAAGGAGCCCACAGGCCAUCCCUGGGCGGCCGACUCCCAGAAACCGGGUGUUGUCCCCGGCCAGUCCGCCGCUGCGGGCGCAGAGUGUGGACCAGCACCCAGAGGGACCCUGAAAAGGGGGUGUGAAGCUGACUCCAGAACAGCCAGGCUGGCAGCCGAGAACCCUGUCUCAGAAGGCCCUGGUGUUCCUUUGUGUCCUUUGAAAGAACCCCCGAAAGCCACAGUAGAUUCUCUGCUGAGUGUAGAGGCAGAGGUCAAAGGUCACAGGUCAGGGCCACACAGCCAAGACACGAAAUCUCUGCCGCCAGGUGCAUGCAAACCACAGACUGCUCCCCACCUGGAGGCUCCCGGGGAUAAAGGCCAGGCAGUAGGCUCUGUGAAACUGCAAGGGCCCCAGACAGAAGUUUCUGCACACAAAGUAGAAACUCCUUUGGAGAUCAGACCCCAAGAGGGUUGCUUCCCUGUCUUGGACCAAGAGGCUAUGGGGAGAUUUCUAAAACCCACAGCAGCCAAGGAACUGCCUAACUUGAUACCCACUUUGACAGCCAGUCACCCAUUAGACAGUAGUCUGAAAGAAGGGAAUGGUGGAAGGGAGAUGGCUAAGCUGCAGGUCGACAAGCACAAAGAGUUCUCUGAGGGAGCGAAAGACGUUCAAGAACUCGGCAAGGAAGCCUCUCCCAAGCAAAGACGAGAGAUGAGCAUCUUAGCUUCUGAGCAGCCACAGGACAAGGUUCAGGCUCCUGAGCCAGGGAGUGAACCAUUUAAGAAAACGGCAGGUGAUGGCAAAAGCAGGAAGGGAAAGGGAAGUUCUGGGAAAGUGAGAGCUAGUUCCGGGAAGGUGAGAGCAAGAGCUGAGCUGCCGGUCCUUCCAGACAGCCCCGGGGACGGCACAGCCGUCCUGGCCCCCGGCGAGCCAGCCCCUAAACCCGAAAGACUGACUGCCGGGGCUCCGAGUGCGGGGCUGGGGCUGGGCCCUUCCAGGCAGCCGGAGGUCGCAGCUGACCUCCCCGAGGCAGGGGCCGUGCGGGCGCCUAAGGAGACAGCUGGUCCCAGUGUGGCGAGCACCCUGCAGGCACUGAUUCCUCUGGGAACUGGGUCAGGCGUGACUCAGACUUCCGGUGCCACAACAGAAAGAGGAGCCGUGGCCAUAGAUGUGGGUGUCAGCAGCCAGGGCAAGGAAGGAAAGUGUCCUUGGGUGGAUCAUGAGGCAGCUCCCUGGAGUUCUGAAAAGCCUAAAAAAAGAAGCAGUGAAGGCAAAAACAAAAAGUUUAAAAAUAAUUAUUCCACACAGCCUGCUGGGGUGGAGAGCAAAGAGGGAGUCCUCAGCCCGCCUUUUGCAGGGAAGGACGGAGGUGCCGGGGGCACUCCCCACCCAAACAGGGAUUUAGGGCUCGCUUUCCCCCUGAGUCACGAGCCUUUGUGCUCCCAGACUUCGAAGGCCCCCACCGUGGGGGUGACGGACCGAAAGGGUAGAAAUGUUGAGGUUAAUUCUUUUGAGCUUGGGGCUGCUGGUGGGAACAAGACAGACACAGUCAGGGAUCCUGCUGUCAGUGAAGUGGCUACCAAGGUGGCAGACGGGAGCCGCCAAGACCAAGCCCCGGGGGCCGGACCUGUUCCGUCAGUGCUGCCGGGGGAGCGGGAGACAGAUGCAGCCGUGGGGCACGCUGCGGUGGCUGACAGACCCACUAAGAGGAGUAAUGAUGGGAAAAGUAAAAAGGCUAAAAAUAGUUUUCCUGAGAAGCACACUUUGGAGAAUAAGGCAGAUGCGACAGAAAGACAUGUUCCCGUGGAAGCCAUGGGGGACCUCAGAGCAGAAGGAAUGGGCUAUGUGGAUGAAAAUAGAAACAUUACAUUUGCCUGCCCCAGAGCACCACCAGAGGUGAUGACUAUGCAGCCAACCCCUCUAAAGGCGCUGGAUUCGGCAGCCUGUGAAAAGCUGCCUACGCCCACUCCUCAAUUAGUAAAGGGAGGUGAUUCCUUCCCAGACGCCUUGGCAGAAAGUAGGCAAGAGACAGCUCUGGCCCAGAUUUCCAAAUUAUCAGUGGUCGGUAAUUGCAGCAAAGAUGGAGUCCCAGAUCAAGGGAGAUCCAAGGCUCCCUCCUCUGCUGUGCCCUUUGCAAGCGCAGGGGGAGGUGCCCUGGCUUGUACAGCGGCCCCAGAAACAGUGAAGAGUCCUGGAGAUAACCAUGUAAAGAGCAGAGGUGAGCUUGCUGACCCCAUGAGAAAUAAAGCAGGGGCAGACGGAGGGCCUGUGGCCGGAGAGUCUGCGUCCGUGCCCAGCGGUGCAGCUGAGCGUGCUGUAGAGAGAAGCACAGAAGCAGCAAAGGAGCGCCCUUCUGGAGCGCCCGCCCGAGACCAGAGCCUGCCGGGUGAGCUCGGAGGCCUGGCAGUGUGCGCAGACGGGAGUGACUUCCCAGCACACCCGGUCAACAGAAAGAAGGAGUCCGAGGCGGGUUCCGCUUCAGCGGGUGUUCCCGGCGCACUGGGAGGCAAACCUCAAAAGCCCCGUGUGUGCGAGGACCAACGUGCCGACGGCGGAGAGUCUAGGGGCCCAGCUGGUCUGGGUACGGCGGUGGGUAGGACUCUUGCGCCUCCAAAAAGUGAAAAGGAUAAAUUGGAAGGAGUUAGCCCGGCCUCUAAAGCCCCAGAAGGAGAAGAUGUUUCCUCGCCAGCACCCCAACUCCAGGCAGGGUCCUCAGAGGGCCCAGCGGGAGCGACCCCCUCGAAGGUGGUAGAUGACUUGGUAGUGACUGCUUCCAGGGGUCUUCAGCCCCCGGGACCCGACGGUAAGAUCUUGGAGGCACCUGAGCAAAUGACAGAGAAACCUGAACCAAAGGCCCUGGAAGAAGGGAAGAAGGCAGAAAAAAGAGCGGCGGAGCCGAUGAAAGGCUACAUGAGGCCCACCAAGUCCCGGGGACUUCCUCCGCCUCUGCCCAAGUCCGCGGCGCAGGACCGAGAGAGGGCCAGGCCAGCCAAGUCCGGCGGAGCAUCCAGGCCAGAAGAAGGGCAGCGGGCCGCGAGUGUGACCGGAAAUGACAUCACCGCCCCUCCAAACAAGGAGCUCCCACCCAGCCCAGAGAAGAAAACAAAGGUAGUUGCCAGAAUGCCUUUGGCCACAACUCAGCCUGCAAAGACUUCAACAUCGAAAGCCAAAACCCAGCCCACUCCUGUCCCUAAGCAGCCAGCCCCCACCACCCUCGGUGGGCCGACUAAAAAACCCAUGAGCCUGGCUGCGGGCUCAGUGCCGGCCGCCCCGCCCAAACGCCCUGCCGCUGCCACUGCCAGGCCCUCCAUCUCUCCUUCAAAAGACGCGAAGCCCAAGCCUGCAGCGGAGGCAAAGAUUCCCGAGAAGAAGGCCACGCCGUCCAAGCCGGCCACGCCAUCCAAGCCGGCCUCUGCCCCGGCCGCCAGGCCUGGCCUCAAGAGCACCCAGACUGCUCCGAAAGCGCCAGCAGCUGCCUCUGUUACCCCGACGGGGCCCAGCAGCAGAGGCUCUCCCAUGCCCCUGCCCAAGAAGCCAGCUGGCAUCAAGACUGAGGGAAAGCCCGCAGACAUCAAGAAGACAGUUACGAAGUCUGCACCAGCCGACGUGAGCCGCCCGAAGACCACCUCCGGCAGCACGGUGAAGAAAACCACCACUGUCCCCGGGGUGACUUCCCCAGCAGGUGUGGCCCCCAGUCGAGUCAAGUCCACACCCGCGCCCCCCCGGCCCGCUGGGACUCUUGCUGCGGACAAGAAGCCCACGUCGGUCAGGUCCAGCUCCUCCGCCCCCAGGCUGAGCCGCCCAGCGACCAACGCCUCUGCUCCUGACCUCAGGAAUGUUCGUGCCAAGGUCGGCUCCACGGAGAACAUCAAGCAUCAGCCUGGAGGAGGCCGGGCCAAAGUAGAGGAAAAAACAGAGGCGGCCGCCGCAGCCCGAAAACCCGAACCUAGCGCGGGCACUAAAACCGCCGGCCCAGGUGCGAGUGCCCAGAGACCGCCUGCCGGGAAAGUCCAGAUAGUCUCCAAAAAAUUGAACUACAGCCAUAUUCAGUCCAAGUGUGGUUCCAAGGACAAUAUUAAGCAUGUCCCUGGAGGUGGUAAUGUUCAGAUUCAGAACAAGAAGGUAGACAUUUCCAAGGUCUCCUCCAAGUGCGGGUCCAAGGCCAACAUCAAGCACAAGCCUGGUGGAGGAGACGUCAAGAUCGAAAGUCAGAAGCUGAACUUCAAGGAGAAGGCCCAGGCGAAGGUGGGAUCCCUGGAUAACGUGGGCCACCUGCCGGCGGGAGGUGCCGUGAAGAUUGAGACCUACAGGCUGACGUUCCGGGCAAAUGCCAGGGCCCGCACCGACCACGGGGCCGACAUUGUCUCCCGCCCCCCCCACUUUCUUGGCGGCCCCAGCUCAGGCACCCGGGCCCUUGGCUCCCUCCCCCGGGCGGCCCACUAGACGUGUGACCCCUUGGGUGCUGGGCAGCCCUCUAGGGCCCUCCCCCCCUCCCUCCGCCCCCCCGCCCCCCCCCUCGCCUGCCUAGGGCAGCAGCCGUCCCCACACGUCCCCCACCCCCACCCCAGGCCAGGCUCCUGGCUCUGCUCCUGGCCCACCAAGGUCACUGCUCGGGAGGGCGUGGGGUGGGAGCCUAACGUGGGAGGGGUCUCGGGGGAGCUAAGAGAAAGGAACCGGAUUCCCCCGUCCUCUUUGUUUGGGUUUUUGGACCAAACCCAAGAGAAACUGACAAACCCUCCCUCCUCGCGGGUCCGCCUGGAGGGAAGAGUGCAGUGUCCGCGUGGUGGCCCAGCCCUGUGUCCCCCGCAGCUUGCUAAGUCACUGCCUCUCCCUUCGACCCCCCAGCAGUGCCCCCCAUGCGGGUGGUGCCAGGCGCCUCUUGCUACCCCGCCCCAAGUUAGUUAGGGGCCAGUGCUGCCUGUCCCCACUGCGUCCCAUACCUGCCUAGCUGCUGUCAUUUUUUUCUCGUUUUAUCCCCUUUUUAAAGAAAUAACCUAAAAACUGGUGGAGUAGUUUUGCAGGUUGAAGUCAUGUCUGAAUGAAAGUCCUCAGUAGGUGUUAAAGGAAAGGGGAGGGGAGGCCCGUGAGCCUCCAGCCGGGAGGCCUGGCGCGGGGCCUGGCAGGGCGUGCGCGGGGCGGGGGAUGUGCGGGGCGUGGCCGGCGAGCAGGCAGAGCAGCGCGGAGUGCGCACUGGUGGUUCUGGCGUUUUGCGUGUAUGCUGCUUUUCUUUUCUAACCCAGAGGCUGGUUUUGGCAUCUGUCUGUCCGUCUCAUUCCUGGGAUCUGGUGGGAGAUACGAGGUCAGGGCUGGGGAGGUCCAGGUCCCCCAGGCCUGCAGGCCAAGGACACUCGAGCCCUCAGCUCCCAGGGAGCCCGAGACGUCCAGACCUCGCAUGGGUAUUGCGGAAUCAGGUCCGGAAAUUUAAAAAUAAAGGCACGAGACCGAGGCCGUCCUGGUCCCCGAUAGCCUGACGGGAGAGGAGAGGGGGGCGAGGCGAGCGAGGCCAGCCUGCGGAGGGGUCCCGGCCAGGCCCGCCGUCGGGGGGCUGCAAUGAGAAGAAAUCCCGGGAAUCAUAUUGACACGAAGAUUCUUACUGCACUUGUAUUUUUUGUAUUAAAGUUUGCAUGGUUUCUAAUAAAGGAUUAAAACCUACCAGUUUGUAGUGAAGUGGCCUGGGAGUCCCAGGGCUCCCGCGAGAGCACUCGACUCUCCGCGGUGCAGCCUGGGCGCCUCGCCCUCCCGCCCUCCGCUCCCGUCCCUCCGCGCUGCGAAGGCGGGGCCCUGGAAGGAGCUUCAGAUUGGGUGUCCCCGUAGGGGCGGGCGUGCGGGUGGGGCCGCGCUCCCAUUUCUGGGGCAGCAGCAUCGGCCGUGGAGAGGUUUGCCGCCACGUCCCCAGCUCCCAGGUGGGUACCAGGAAGCUGUUGGUCUUGGAGACAAAGCGCUCCCAGAGCCAGACCGUCCCUAGAACGGGCCCCCGGGCAGGGAGAUCGGGGCGCCCGGGGUUGUCCGCCAGAGGAAGGGGCAGGAUGAAGCUGGGGAGAAGGAAGCCGUGGGGGCGGGGCCUGAGGGCACCUGCGCCCUCUCUGUGUUAAUCCGCGGAGGGCCUGGGUGGAGCAGGUGACCCACGCCGGAGAGCUGUGGGUGGCCCGGCCACAGCUCCCGGGAACGGUCCCACAAACCAGGGGCUGAGGGGGCUGCGCUGACGGGAGGACCAGAGGCCUGUGCGCUGGGCACUGCCCUGCAGCCGCGGGGUGGGGUGGGCGGGGCGUUUCUGUACUGCCCGGUUUGCUUAUGGCUCAGCCAUCACCUGAUUCUGUUGUAACCAUUUUAAGAGUAAAUAAAGCUCGUGAUGUCCCACCACGCA